UCCUGUGCAAUUACAGCGCAUGGAAUUUUUUUUAUCGAUUUGCGCAUACAAUACAUACAUGCACAUAUUCAACGAAUGAUUCCAAUAUUGGCAAUUCUCUGCAGUGAUGGAAAAAAAACAGAUUCCAUUCGUUUCCAAGACUUACUGGUGUAUGGAUCAAAUGAUUUUUUGUUUCUCUUUUACAUCUCUAUAAAGAUUUAAUAUAUUCAGCAAUAAAUUCUUGAGACAUUUUACAUCUGUGGCCACAAUUCCUUGUGGUUUCCUUGUUUUUGUAAUGCUGUGUGUUUUUUUUUUUAUUCUGUAUGUAUUCGAUUGGCAUGUUUCUGAAAUUUUCAUGAAUAUAGAUUGUUUAAUUAACUGGUGAAAAUUGGAACAAAAAAAAAAACUAACCGAACAAAUAAAAAAAAAUGUUGCCUAUAAUGACAUUUGAACCUAUUCAAAUUAAUCUUCGAAAUUGUCAUCAAUGUUCAUCGUCAUCAUCAUCAUCGAAAACGGUGGCCAAUGAUAAUCAAUCAAAAACAUUGACAUUAUAUCCAAUUACAGUGGAAUUCAACCGUUUAUUUCGUCGACAAAAACAAAUUUUGAAAAAUGAAAAUGAAAUGAUGAUGAUGUCUACAACAUCAACAUUCGAAUGUAAAACAAAUGUUCGACCGCCGAAUUCGAAUAGCCUAUGGGUAGAUAAUCAAUUGGAUGCAUCCACCACUAGCGACAUACUGCAGGAUUGCAAUGAUGUAAAUGGUUUACUUUAUUCAACCAUUAUACAUUAUAUGACUACCACAAUGUUUGCCAAAAACAAUGACAAUGACAACGAAAAUGUUGAUGACAAUGAGAUGAAACGAAAUUCUGAAACUGAUUUAUGUCGAUUAAAUCGAAUAUUAUGUAUGCCAGGCACACGUACAUUAUUAUUGAUGGCCAAUAAACAAGACGUGCUUGAUGAUCAUCAUCAUCAUCAUCAUCGACAACAACAACAACAUUGUAAUGACAAUUCUUUUGAUGAUGGUGAUAAUGGUAACAAAGGAGAAGAUAUUUCUGAUGAUCAAGAAAUGUUUGAUGAUUUGACCAUUGCUACUGUUACUGCUGUUGAUACAUUUAAUGAAUUGAAAAGUUCAUCAUCACAAUCACCAUCACAAUCACCAUCAUCAUCAUCAUCAUUAUCAAAAAAAAUUUUUGAUUAUACUCGACAUGGAACAAUAAUGAAUGAUAAUGAUGAUAAUGGUGAUGAUUAUUAUAAAUCAUUGAUUGGCAUUGAACAACAGAUUUAUGGUGCCAUUACAUUCUAUAAAUCAUAUCGUUUGGAAAGUUUGAAAAUUCUUGAAAUUGCUUUGAUUGCCGUAAAAUGUGGCCAUGAACGUUCUGGUAUUGGAACACAAUUGAUCAAGUGUCUGAAAGACAAUUGCCAGAUUGGACCAUAUGAUUCAAUGCAUGUAAAGAUUGCCGGCAAUAAUCAUCGAUUACGGCAAUUUUUUCUUAAAAAUGAAUUCACUGAUGAUAUCAUUUUAAAUGCUGGUUUUGAUCAAUUGAUUAUACGACCAGAUGAAAGUGAUGAUGACCACGAUGAUGAUGAUGAUAAUGAGCUCGAUAAACAAAUACAAGAUGAUGAUGAUGAUUAUGAAUCAUUAUUGUAG